AAACAGAUUGGUGCUCUGACUGGGCUUGGGAAAACGCCACUGUGGCUGAUUUCCUGGUCUAAGAAGGUAGAAAUGCUGUUUGGAGGCUCCUGGUGGAGUUAAUCUUCAUUCCAGUUUUUGGCUAGGACCCACUCUCUUCACUUCAUCCAGAGAGCAUGAAGAAAAGCUGGGCCACUCAGGUGGAGGUAGAGGUGGAGAGCAUGGAUAAAGCUGGCAACUUCAUCGGCUGGCUGCACAUGGAUGGCGCUAACCUAUCGGUCUUGCUUGUGGAGCAAGCGCUCUCUAAGGUCCACUUCACUGCCGAGCGCAGUGCCUACUACAAGUCUUUGCUAUCUGCUGAGGAGGCCGCCAAGCAGAAGAAAGAGAAGGUCUGGGCCCACUAUGAGGAACAGCCUGUGGAGGAGGUGAUGCCUGUGCUGGAGGAAAAGGAGCGAUCUGCUAGCUACAAGCCAGUGUUUGUGACCGAGAUCACUGAUGAUCUGCACUUCUACGUACAGGAUGUGGAGACUGGCACCCAGCUGGAGAAGCUGAUGGAGAACAUGCGUAAUGACAUCUCCAGCCACCCCCCUGUGGAGGGCUCCUAUGCUCCCCGCCGGGGAGAGUUCUGCAUUGCCAAAUUUGUAGAUGGAGAAUGGUACCGUGCCCGUGUAGAGAAAGUCGAAUCUCCUGCCAAAGUGCACGUCUUCUACAUCGACUAUGGCAACAGAGAGAUUCUGCCAUCCUCCCGCCUGGGUACCCUGCCACCUGCCUUCAGCACUCGAGUGCUGCCAGCUCAAGCCACAGAGUAUGCCUUUGCUUUCAUCCAGGUGCCCCAAGAUGAGGAUGCUCGCACAGACGCCGUGGACAGUGUGGUCCGGGACAUCCAGAACACUCAGUGCCUGCUCAACGUGGAACACCUGAGUGCCAGUUGCCCCCACGUCACGCUGCAGUUUGCUGACUCCAAGGGUGACGUGGGUCUGGGCCUGGUGAAGGAGGGGCUGGUCAUGGUGGAAGUGCGCAAGGAGAAACAGUUCCAGAAAGUGAUCACGGAAUACCUGAAUGCCCAGGAGUCGGCCAAGAGUGCCAGGCUGAACCUGUGGCGCUAUGGAGACUUCCGAGCUGAUGAUGCUGAUGAGUUUGGCUACAGCCGCUAAGGAGAACCAUGCCUGCCCCCAGCACCGCUCACGCCAGUACCUCUUCCUCAGCCAGGAGGGCAUUUUUAACUCCAGACCUGAUUGGGGUGGGGGGCAGUAUAGAUUGGAUUCAGCUUUGCUUCAGUGUAUGGAAACAUCCUGUAUGGUGGCAUCAGGGCUGGGGGCAGGCCAUCGUCCUCUGGGAUGACAGCACUGCUGUCCACAGGCUUUCCCAGAUGAUUUUGUAUUUUUACUUGGGGGUUUGUGGUUUUUUAAAAAAUUGUCCUCAAAUCAGGAAGAACCAUAAGAGACUUUGUCCUAGUGAAGAGGGUAAUCUUGACACCUGAGGCCAGCUGCCAGCUGGUACCUGCCUCUACCCCAAGCCACCCCUCUUCCCCAACUCUGUCCAACUGUUGAUUAUGUGAUUUCUCUGAUACGUCCAUUCUCAGAUGCCAGCGUGUCCACUUCUGUCCCCUCACCAGCCCAUUCUGUAUUUAAAGCUUUUGAGGCCCAAUAAAAUAGUACCUGCUGUCUGCAACUCUUACUGUCAUGGUGGAACUAAGAUCCUGUGGUCUUGGCAACCCAGCUGGGAGGAGGCCUGGCAAAAACCCCUAAAACCAUAGCCAGCUGGGGACAGCAAGGCAGUUCAUUGUAAAAGCAAAUUCUGGGACAUCAUGGGCACCACUUGGCACCACA